AUGACAGCAGGAACUAGCAGAUUGAAUACCAGAAGUGGAGUCCACUCCCCUCAGGUGCUGCAUGGUCAGCUGACCUUGUCCGGUGUGACACGCCCCCUCCAUAUUUCGGCCGUCUAUGCUAAGUGCCCAAGGGCGGACAGGUAUCCCCUGUGGGAAAAGCUUUGUGAACUGGCUGCUCUCUCAGAAGACACUCCGUGGGCAAUUGGAGGGGACUUCAACACUAUCCUUCAUCCGCACGACAGGAUUGGCAGUGAGUCCAACCGUUCUACGGAAAUGAUUGAUUUCGCCGAGACACUCGAGGACUGUAGGCAGCUCGACCCGGAUUUUGACGGUGCCAAUUACACUUGGGCCAAAAAUAGCCUCUUUGAAAGACUUGACAGAAUUUUUCUGAAUGAAGCAUGGAGCCUUUCGCUUCCAAAAUAUGUGGAUCCGCCACCCCAAUUUCUGGAUGUCAUCUGUGACGACUGGAGUCAGGACAUGGGUGCAGGAGGUCUACUUAACCUCCAGAUGAAACUUGCGAGACUCAAGAAGACCCUCAAAACGUGGAACAAGGAGGUGUUUGGCAACGUCCAAGCAAACCUCAAAGCUACCGAGGAGCUGAUCGUUGAGGCACAAACCAAUUUUGAAGCUGACCAUCACCGCAAAACAGGGCAGCCAUCAAUAAGCACAUUGCAACCUACAUUCUCACCUUAA